AAACAAGCUCAGCAUGGCUGCUACACAUCAGUCUAAACGCGUUUUCAUUAAUAAUGUGGACACUUAUGGCUCAAAAUACAUCGCAAAGUUUUUAUCCUCAUGUGUUGUUGGAGCAUCUCUCGUCUCUGAGGUAGAUCACACGGCAGACGAUGAAGAGGAACCAUCACACGAUGAAGUGUUACAAAAGUCAUCCAAAGAGGGGACUUUCCAAAUGGUUGGAACAAUAUCGGGUAAAACCGAGGGGAAGAAUUUCAGUUUCAUGGAAGCAGAAUAUACAAAUUUACCACGUGAUGAGCUUUUUCACUAUCUGAUGGAGUUGGACGUCAUUAUUUACCACAUAAACCAGAAUCCUGAUCAGACAGAGGAAGCCUCGUGGGCAGUUUCAGCCCUGCACAAGAAAAUGGAUAUGUUUCCUGCUCCCAAGAUGUUCAUCCUGAUCUCAUCAGUAAUGACGUGGGCUCUGACUAAACCAGUAGAUCCAGAUGACCCAGAGAUGCCUUUCACAGAGGAGGACUACAGGAGACGCAAACCCCAUCCCAAUUUUAAGGAUCACAUAGUUUUGGAGAAACUGGUGGUUAAACUGGGAAAAACUAAUCCGGCUCAGUUUUCCACAUAUGUGAUUGCAUCAGGACUGCAGUAUGGAAUGGGAGAGCAAGCGUUUCAUUACUUCUUUAAGAAAGCGUGGCUGGGAGAGCUUUUAAAAGUGCCUAUAUUUGGAGAGGGCUCCAACAUCGUUCCUGCUAUUCAUAUCAAUGAUCUAGCACGCAUCGUCCAGAAUGUAAUCGAUCACAAACCGAAGCCACGAUACUUUCUCGCUGUUGACGAUUCCAGAAACACCACUGCUGACAUUGUUAAGGCAAUAGCGUCCACGCUGGGGUCAGGGAAAACCCAAACUGUCCCUAAAGAGGAUGUUUAUCUCACAAAGGAACUGACACAAGAAGAAAUCGAUGGGUUGUUUGUUGACCUCCGUAUGGAAGCCGUAUAUCUGAAGGAGAACUUCAGUUUCCACUGGGUUUCGGAGAUGGGCAUUGUUGAAAACAUCGAACAAGUUGCAGAGGAAUACAAGCUCACCAGGGACCUGCUGCCUCUUCGUCUAUGCCUCCUGGGACCUCCUGCUGUCGGGAAAAGCACCAUAGCCGAGAAGAUAUGCAGGCAUUACAAACUGCACCAUGUGAGACUCAAAGAGACCAUCGUGGAGACGCUUGGUAAUCUGGAAUCUGGUGUCCAGAAGGAGGAGGUAGAAAACGAAGAGGACGAGGAAUCAGAUGGAGCCCAGGAAUUUUUGGAAACCCUGAAAGAGAACAUGGAACAAAAUGGAGGUCGUUUGGACGAUCAGUAUAUUAUCCAAAUCAUAAAGGACAAGUUGAAUUCAAAACCCUGCAGAAAUCAAGGAUUUGUGUUGGACGGCUUUCCAAAGACCUACGAUCAAGCUAAAGAGCUCUUUUCUGCCGAUGAUGAAGAAUCUCAAGACGUUCAGACAAAAAUUCCUCCUCACAAUAAGAAGCUCAUCCCAGAGUUCGUGUUCUCUCUGGAGGCCACUGAUGCACUCCUGAAGAACCGAGUGAUCAACUUGCCUGAGAACGUGGUGAGCGGAACGUCGUACGAACAGGACAAGUUUCUUCAGCGACUGGCCAAAUUCAGAGAGAACAACAUGGAGGACGAAACUGUACUCAACUACUUCGAUGAGCUGGACGUUAACCCAGAGCGUAUAGAGAUCAUGAGCAGUGACGAUGUGGAGUACACGCUGCUGAUGGAGAAAGUGGUGAACACUGUAGGGAAAGUGAGGAACUAUGGACCCAGUAUCGAAGAGGUGGAGCAGGAGGAGCGGAGGCAGGCGGAGAUCAGGGUAAAGGAGGAGUCGGAACGCAGGGCUGAGAUCCAGCGUAAGGAGAAAGAGGAGAAGGAGCAGAGAGCACAGCGCUGGGAGGAGUGGACUCAUCGUCUGACAGAGGAGAUGCAGCGUGAAGAAGAGCUGCUGGAGGCUCAGUCUGUUCCUCUCAGACAUUACCUGAUGACGGACGUGAUGCCCACUCUGACUCAGGGUCUGAUCGAGUGCUGCAGACUCCGACCUGAAGAUCCGGUGGAUUUCCUGGCUGAAUAUCUCAUCCAAAACAAUCCACAGGCGGAGUGAGAGCACGUGUCCCCAUAUUGUUCAGGUCUUUAGGAAUAUAAAAGCUGUUCUAACAGUUAUUAAUAAUAACAUUUAAUAGAUAAUUGUGGGCUUAUUACAGUCAGUGAAGGAUGAUUGGGAAGUUUCUUGUUUUUGACCUUGUUCUUUGUGUACCUGUGUGCUUAAAAGCUCCAGAAACACAAUAAAAGCCAGCUGCUAAUUAAAAACUAAUUAAUGAUAAUGUACUUGGGAGUGCUUCAUAACUAAAAAUGAAGGCUUGUCAUGCCGUAAUUGUUUUGAUUUGCUUUCCAGUUUUGAAGGAUAGAUGUUACAAACAGCAGAUAAUUAACUGGCUUUAUUAUAUUUUCAUACGCAACUCCGAGUGCACGUAAUUAAUUUCUUUGGUAAACAAAAAUUAUUCCAUUUGAAGAACCAGCGCAUUUCAUUUACCUCAUUGUUUUAGGAACAUUCGUUUACCGGCCCUGGGUGCACUAAUAACAGUUGAUGCAUCUUUAAAAUUCAUUAUUUGGAGUCAACACUUUAAUGGACUUUUUUUUCUUAUCAGACGUGGCCUUCAUCAUUACUGCAAAUAAAAAAAAACAAUAAAAUAAACUGUGUGAAACAG